CUGAAACUGCAUUCUGUGUGCGUGUAACUUUGUUGGUCAGUUUUUUUGGUACUGAGCGGUGGCUGUGAAAUAUUCGGAAAAUUGUUGCGGCUUUUCGGAUUUGCUGGAAAAAUAGUGUGGUUUUCGCACCGAAAAACGAAAUGAGUCGCUAUUUAGUGUCCCUGGCAGUGUUUGCUGCGGUGAUUUUGUGCGCCCAGUCCGCCAUCGACGUGGAGAUUGAAAACAAAAAUGUUGACCGCACCAUCGAUCUUACAUCGCAGUUGGUGAAAAUCAGCUACAAAAUUACCCUGGAGCAUAAGACGAAGAAACCCAUCACCAGCUAUCUGUUCAUGGUUCCGACGGAGGAACGGGAACGGCUGGCCUUCAUUUCCGCCAAAGAUUCCUCGAAGAAGGAUCUCAAGCUGACGGAAACGACCUCGCCCAAGGGAGUGACGUUUUCGAUGACUUUGCCGGCCGGAUCGACUAGUCCGGUUGUUUACAUCGAGACCGUAUUCUCCAAGUCGCUGGCACCGUACCCGACCGCGAUCAGCCAAACCGAACGUCAGCUGGUGCAGUACUUCGGAAACGUAUACUUCUAUUCUCCGUUCAAGACGGUCACGCAGAAGACAACGGUUCAUCUGAGCUCGCGCAACGUCGAGAGCUACACCCAGUUCAAGCCGGCCGUUCACUCCGAUACUACUAUCACCUACGGGCCGUACGAUAAUGUUGCCGCUUUCUCCACGGAGCCGAUGACUAUUCACUUCGAGAACUACACCCCGUUCCUGACCGUGACCAAGCUGGAGCGUGUCAUCGAGGUCUCCCAUUGGGGCAACAUUGCCGUGGAGGAAACCAUCGACAUCGUCCACUCGGGAGCAGCUCUGAAGGGCUCGUUCUCUCGCUACGACUACCAGAAAGAUUCCCGUUCGAACCAGGCAUGCGUCAAAUCGUACAAAACGUUGCUUCCGGCUGCAGCCACCGGAGUUUACUACCGGGACACCAACGGUAACAUUUCCACUUCGGCCAUGCGGGUACUGAAGGAUUCGGUUGAGCUGGAUCUGCGUCCCCGGUUCCCACUGUUCGGAGGCUGGAAGACCCACUACACUCUGGGCUACAACGUCCCCAGCUUCGAGUACCUGUUCCAGAACGGAGACAACUAUCUGCUGAAGAUGCGAGUAUUGGAUCACGUUUUCGAUGAUAUGGUUGUCGAUGAGGUCACCACCAAGAUUAUCCUCCCGGAGGGAUCUACCAACAUCAAACUCAUCGCUCCGUACACGGUUACUCGCCAUCCAGAUUCGCUGCACUACACCUACCUGGACACCUUCGGCCGACCGGUGAUCUCGUUCAGUAAGAAAAACGUCGUCGAAAAUCACAUCACCGAUUUCAAUCUGAAGUACAACUUCAGUCGGGUGAUGAUGCUGCAGGAGCCACUGCUGGUGGUUGGCUUCCUCUAUGUCCUGUUUGUGCUGGUCAUCAUCUGGAUGCGACUGGACUUUUCCAUCAUCAAGGAAAAGGAACACCUGCACAAGGACUAAACAGUAAGUAGUUCUAGUAAUGUGCUAUUCCAUGAAACGAAUAUUCUAUCGAGUAGAUUUACUAGCAAGUCGAUUUUUAAAUGAAAUAUUCGUACCAUUUCCUAAUUUUAUGGUUUAAUACAUAAAUAAAUCUCACAUUGGUACCAAAAUGCUGCUGUUAGAAGAGCACGGCUGAAAUUGGCUCGUUUUUCUAGGAAGGAAAGUAGUUACACCGCGUGUUGAACAAUACCGUAAGUCAGUAGGAAAAAUGCAUUUAGGUGACACCCACUAACAGCAGCUCAGAUAAGCACAACUACUUUCCAGCGAAUUAAAUAUUGAAUAGUCUGAUACUUUCGUCCUUAUUUCUUAUUUGCUUAAAAAAAUACGAAGAAAUUGGAACGAGUAACAUCAUUGCUACCUAAUAAAGUGUGUGAGUCGGAAACUA